AUGGACUGGUCAAAGCCCCACGUGGCAGCCGUAUUGCUGUCAGCCUCAUCUUCCUAUGCUCAAGACAUUGGCGAUACCUUCACCGUGAACUGCAGGCCACUAACCACCCAACGCCGUGACCCUAUUAUCAGUUUUGGCAAAGACACAUCCGAUCAUGUACAUGCGGUAAUCGGUGGCACCGCAUUCAAGGGCGAUACCACAAACGAGGAUGCCCUCAACUCGAAUGCCACCACCUGUGACAAGAUCCUAGACCACUCUAUCUAUUGGGUCCCUACUCUAUACCACAUCAAUAAUGAUGGUAGGUACGAGCUUGUUAAAUUCACGGGAAGCGCUGUUUAUUAUCAAAACCGCGCGUGUGACUACCAAAAGGGCCGGACCAGAUGCCCGAGCAUUAAGGAAAAUUUCGCGAAGGCGUUUCCGAAAGGCCUGAGGAUGAUUUCAGGAAAUAAGGACCUCCGGAUGUUCAACAAGAGCGACAUAACGCAGCGUGCCAUCAAUCACCACUGCUUGGGGCCCAUCGACCAGGAAACCAACAGCCUUCCCGUCGUUCAUUGUGAUACUAUUCGAUCUCAAGUUACAUUCCCACCAUGCUGGGACGGUGUCAACAUCGACUCGGCUGAUCACAAGAGUCAUAUGGCCUUCCCCGCAAUUGGUGAUUACAACGGUGGUGUCUGUCCCGAGUCACACCCUAUCGCUCUUAUCCAGUUGUUCUACGAAUUCGGAUUCGAUACUAGGAAGUACACUGACCGCAACUUUGUCUUCGCCCAGGGAGACAAGACAGGGUAUGGGUUCCAUGGCGAUUUCAUUAACGGAUGGACAGACCUCGAAAGGCUUGGCAACGCCCACCGCACCUGCACAGGGCCCCAACGUGUUGAUGCGCCAACAUGCUCUCUCAAUGUCGGCGCCGACGGAUCCGCUGGGCAUGCUUCAAACCAGAUCCCUGAAUACCCUGCCCCGGCUGAAGAUAUUGGACUGAACGGUCCUCUCUCGGCCCUUCCUAAUGACAAAAUUCCUACUGGCGAGACACCUCUAGCAAAGCUUAGCAGCCGAGUUUUCCCUAGCGACUACUAA